AUGCAAGUGCUCGUGGCUGCUUCUCAGAUGAGCGAAGAAGAGAUACAAGGACUUUACGAAGAAUUUAUAGAGGAAUGUCCAUCACGUAAAUUGGACAAAAAUCAGUUCACUAAAAUUUAUAAAAAAUUGAUUGAUGAUAGCAAUGAAGAUUUCUUAGUUGAGAUUGAUCGAUCAGGUGACGGACAAAUAAGUUAUGAUGAGUUAGUGGCAUAUCUUGAUUUAAGUUUUAAAUUAUUGGAACCGGAAAAAGCCAAGGAAUUGGAUCCAAAUUUGAUGGCGUUCGGUCUCUUUAAGAUGUUCGGUGUCGAUAAAGCAGAAAAAAUAAACAAGACACAAUUUGUAGAUGGGUAA